CGCCAGUUUCUCCAGAUUGUACAAUACUAUAGCCAAGAUGGGCAUCCACAACAAGUUAGCCGAUGGUAUCGAUGAGGUAGACAUUAUCAUCGCUGGCGGUGGCACUGCAGGCUGCAUCAUCGCCGGGCGUCUUGCGGAGGCUCACCCCGACCUCUCCAUACUGGUGAUCGAGGGUGGUGCCAAUAACAAGGAUGUUGCCAGCAUCGUGUACCCAGUCUUCUAUCUGCAGAACCUUCUUCCAACACAGAAGACUGCACUGUUCUACAAGGGAAACAAGUCGAAGCAGCUCGCAGACCGAGAGCCAAUCGUGCCAUGUGGUGGUACCCUGGGCGGCGGUUCAUCAAUCAAUUUCAUGAUGUACACGCGGGCGCAGCGAGAGGAUUUUGAUUCGUGGAAGACCGAAGGUUGGACAGCCGACGAGAUGCUAGAGCAGAUGAAGAAGCUCGAGACAUAUCAUGGUCCGGGAGACAAGGCACAUCACGGUUAUGAAGGUCCCAUCAACAUCUCAGACGGCGGUUUCCGCGAAAAGCGUGUCGAAGAUGCGUUCAUGAAAGCAGCCAAGGAGGUUGGCUACCCAGAGAUCGAAGACCUGCAGAACUUGGACAGCAACAACGGACUUCAACGAUGGCAGCGAUACGUCUCCCCAGAUGGCAAGAGGCAAGACACAGCCCACAGGUACAUCCAUCCUAAGCUGGAGGACGGCCAACAUUCGAACCUCCAUGUGCUCGUCGAAUCUAAGGUUGUGCGGGUACUCUUCGACGAUACGAAGCGAGCGGUAGGCGUCGAAUACACCCCAAAUUCCGACUUCCAGGCAGUCAUCGGCCUCACUGCACACCCAGUUAAACCCGUAAAGGCCCGUAAGCUGGUCGUUGUAACAUGUGGCGCGUGCGGUACGCCAUCAGUUCUUGAGCGCUCUGGUUUGGGUGAUAAGUCGAUUCUUGACAGAGCCGGCGUUCCAGUCAUUGAGGAGCUGCCUGGUGUUGGCAAAGACUACCAAGAUCAUCACCUUCUCCUCUACCCAUACAAGACAAAUCUUGAGCCAGAUCAGACGAUCGAUGGAAUCUUGAGCGGAAGAGUGGACGCGACUGAGCUGAUCAAGAACAAUGACAAGGUCCUAGGAUGGAACGCAAUUGACAUCUCAUCCAAGCUUCGCCCAACCGAGGAAGAAGUAACUGAGCUUGGAUCCGAAUUCAAGGCGGCGUGGGACCGUGACUUUAAGAAUGUACCGAACCGGCCGCUGAUGCUCUGUGGUCUCGUUUCAUGCUUCCUUGGCGAUCCAGCCUCCGUGCCUGAGGGUCAAUACGUAACUGCAGGUACUUACACAGCUUACCCUUACUCACGUGGCCAUAUGCACAUCACUGGAAAGGGCGUCGAUGACCCUCUUGACUUUGAUGUGGGCUUCUUCAACGAUGCCAACGACAUCGACAUGAAGAAGCAGCUUUGGGCGUACAAGAAGCAGCGCGAAAUUCUCCGACGCACCAACUUCUAUCGCGGCGAAUUAGCUGCCGGGCACCCUAAGUUUCCCGAGGGUUCCAAGGCUGCUGCUGUUGAGAUCGAAGAGGCGUUGUCCAACGUCCAAAACCUGGUCUAUUCGCAGGAGGACGAUGCUGCCAUCGAACAAUGGCUGCGCGAGAACGUCAACACAACUUGGCACUCGCUGGGCACAUGUAAGAUGGCUCCAAGGGAUCAGGAUGGUGUCGUUGAUGCUAGGUUGAAUGUGCAUGGUGUUACUGGACUGAAGGUUGCAGAUCUGAGCAUCCCGCCGAAGAACAUGGGUGCAAACACCAACAACACUGCCUUAGUGAUUGGAGAGAAAGCUGCAGAUAUAAUUCUGGCUGAGCUUGGCUCCUCUGGUACUUCAUGAGUGCCGCACCGCAGC